AUGGAAAUGGUUGUGAAUUUACAAGCCGAGCUGUCUUACCUUCAAGCACAUCUAGCAACACUGGAGCUGCCGUCGCCGCCGAACCCGCCGCCGCCGCCGCCUCCAAGCUUCCCGGCGCAACCGCCGCUGUCCAUCUCCGACCUGCCGUCGGCCUCCUCCUUGCCGGCAACUUACGACUUGUCGUCCCUCUUCGACCCCAUGGCCCAGCCUGCAUGGGCCAUGCAACAACGGCUCGACCACCGCCAGUUUGGCGGCGGCGGCGGCUCGUCCACGGCGGCCGGAGAGGGCGAUCUUCAGGCCUUGGCCCGUGAACUCCUCCAUAGACACGGCGCUCCGCCGUGCUCCGACGCCUCGUCACCGCCGUCCCUCUCCAAAUGAGACGGAUCCAUAAAGGACGAUCUUUUUUUUUUUUUUUCCCUUUUUUUCUUGCCUCUUUGAUUCCUCUUUUGUCAAAAUUUUACUGGAAAAUUGCAGGGUGCUUGAGUUUGGUUUU